CCUUGGUGGUGACCGCGUGUGACUUGAUGGAGUUAUAUUGUGGGAAUCCCUAAAACAUUUUAUAAAUUUAUUUUACUCAAUUUAAAAGCAGUUUGCUACCAGUUAUGUGUACUUCAAGAUCUUAUUGCACAGAUAAAAAAGAACUCGUAAACACUUUCCAUGUGAGUGUGUAACGUAAAACAAGUAUUCUAGUUGGUUUUGUUACCUGCCGCCGGAUGCGGAUCGUCGUUUUGUAAACAACAUUAGUCCAAGAUAAAGUACAGAUUGCACGGAUCCCAGGACAUUGGAGAAGCAUGAGGUGUACCAAGAGUGGGCGGAUGCGUAUUCCUGCACGCGUCACAGGUGCCAACCCGGGGGGCGCAACCUAGCUAUAUAUACCGUGGGAUGCAAGCGCGUGGAGGCGCCAGAGUCAGCAAUAGAAUGCGAAGAAGUAGUAGAAGAUACAAACAUGCAGUUCCCAUAUUGUUGUACAAGAUUGAGGUGCUUGGUAGUGGUCCGCGGUGAGGUGUGGACGAAGGUGCUUGGCCAGCCCUGGGAGAGUCUCCCGGCUGCACCCUGGAGCCACAUGUAUAAGAUGAAGAAACCUCCGCCAAUUGAUGACUUGCCUAAAAACGCCGUACAGGGUCCAGUAUAUGAAAUCCAGUCAGAUGCUGUGGAUAAAAUGGAGAAGGUACUGCGUUCUUCCAAGCAGACCACUGACAAGCCUGACUGUCACGAUGUAGUUCCUAGAGUAGUUGCAUCACCCGAUAUUGUGAUUGCUCUAGCUACGGGCAACGAAGAAAAGGAGCACGAUGAAAUAGACUCUUUGAGACGCAAGCGCCCAAGAAAACCUUCAUCACGUCCAUUUUCGGAUGACAGUGAUCGGGAUGGAAAUGCUGAUAUAGAAGAGGCCACUGAGAAGAUCCACGAAAUAUCUGACGAGAAAUACUACGCCCACGAAUAUGCUAUAGCUACGCAAAAGCCAUCAGAGAAACACAUGGGAUGGACAGAAAUACCCCAAAAUCAGUGGAACGAGCAUGAAGCUGAAUUAACGGACACAAACGUACAGACAGAAGAUAAGCCCGAGAAGCAGUCUGGCCUGCAAGCGCUGGUUGAUGCUAUCGGGAAUCGAAUGCGAGACAUUGAGAAUGUCGUCCAGAAGAUGAGUGAGAAGGUACAGAAGGAUCCGCUGGCCAGCUUGGAGACACGGUAUGCACACACUGAUCUAGAAACUUCCAAGCACCGAAUUCAAGAUGAGCACAAUAAUCAAAUGCCAAAAAAGCCCAAUCCAGACGGAGAUCAUUAUAAACGCUUUUCAGUAAGGAAUCGGAGCAGAUAUUUAGCAACCACAGAAGUACCCAUAGACCAGCCUCUUUUCGUCGAGGACAACAGCUUGAACGGUUACUUUAGCGACGCCAGCAACACCAUGAGGAGAAGCCCUCCUAAGGAGCCAGCUACUUAUAUGGCGCCGGUAGAAACUCGGCGCAAGCACUCUGAGAUAUCUGACGACGUGGAGAAGCGCAGACGGAAACACAGCCACAAGAAAAAACAUGGAAAGGGCAAAGGUCAUAAGAAACAUCAUGGAAAAGAGGAAAAAAAGAAGCAUUUUAACCGACUGAGUUCUGCCGAAGUGGAUAAAAAUGUAGUUUCUUUAGAAGACAGUGGGCCUGUUUAAAUAAUACAAAAAACAAUUAAAUUUUAUUUUUUAUU